GAGAGGGGGGAGAGAGAGAGAGAGAGAGAGAGGGGGAGAGAGAGAGACAGACAGACAGAGAGAGAGAAAAAAAGACAAGGAGAAGAAGGAGAGUAGGACCACUCUGGUGCUAUCUCCCAUCGCGAUAACAAAAAGGUGCUGGCGCGUAAAGCUACCUGGAAGGCUAUUGAGAAGAUGUGCACUGUUUGACACAGGAUCCAGAUAACAUCGGACUAAUCAGCCGUAUCUUCCCUCUGUCACGCUGAAGAAAGAUGUUGACCUUACCGUUUGAUGAGCCAGCAAUGAGGCCAGGGACCGGGACCCAGUUUGGGGCCAACUUCCCUCUAGACUGCGUGCGCGAGAUCAAGGUCAGUAAACAAGAACCUUUCCUAAAAGCAGCCGAUACCAUCUCCCAGACCCACAUCAAAACCACGGAGGAUGAGUUAGAGUCGGAGAGGGAUGAGGACGAGAGAGAGGAGCUAGGCCAAGAAGACGAGGACGUGGACGGUUUACCAGGAAGGAGGAGAGGCCCACGUAAAAAGAAGAUGACCAAGGGGCGCGUGGACAGGGUGAAGAUUCGGCGCCAGGAGGCCAACGCGCGCGAGCGGAGCAGGAUGCACGGGCUGAACGACGCGCUGGACUGCCUGCGCAAAGUCGUGCCCUGCUACUCCAAGACGCAGAAGCUGUCCAAGAUUGAGACUCUCCGACUGGCCAAGAACUACAUCUGGGCGCUGUCGGAGAUCCUCAGCACCGGCAAGAGACCCGACCUAUUGGCAUUUGUCCAGGCGCUCUGCAAGGGACUGUCUCAGCCAACCACCAACUUAGUGGCGGGCUGUCUCCAGCUCAAUGCCAGAAAUGUCAUCACGGACCACAACGGAGAGACAUCUUUCACUGGUAGGUCCCCAUUCGACGCUAUGUACCCUGCGCCUUAUCACAGUUCCACCGAGGCUGUGGCGUCUUCAGGCCACGGCAGCAGCACCAUGGACAGCGCCAAACCUUUCAGACCAUUUAGCUCCUACUGCAGUGCCUACGAGUCCUUCUACGAGAGCACGUCCCCAGAAUGUUCGAGCCCUCAAUUCGACAGUGGUGCUCUGAGCCCUCCAAUCAACUUUAACGGGAUAUUCUCCCUAAAGCACGAGGAGCCAGCGGACUAUGGAAAGAGCUGUCAUUACGGUAUGCGGUACUGCGCGGCGGUGGCGGGUCGCAACUCCCUCGGUCAGAACUCAAUGUCACGGGGGUCCUCUGACAUCCGGGAUAUCCAUGUCCCCUAUGACAUCCACCUCCGCAGCCAGUUCUACCCAAUGCAGGAGGAACUAAACACGCCUUUUCAUAAUUGAUAAGAGAAAAGUCAAAUGUGACCAGCUUAUAGCGGAGUAGCCUAAUUAGGCUAAAAUACAGAACCCACACAUGUAUUAUUGACAACUUGGCCCAUUUUGGGCACUUCCCACUGGGCACACACUGGUUGAAUCAACGUUGUUUCCAUGUAAUUUCAACGAAAUUACGUUGAACCAACGUGGAUUAGAAGUUGAAUUGACGUCUGUGCCCAGAGGAUUGGUUGUGGUGUGGGCCAUCUGAUGUAUAGUCACUUAUUCGUUGUAAUUGAAUGUUAAUUGUCCUGAGGGUAAAUACGUUUUGUAGUGGGAUCAUUUUAGGGAAAACACACCAUGCAGGCAACGGAAACAAACAGAGGUCUGGGAGAUUGUCAAAUAGCGUUCAGUUAAUAGGCCCACUACAUCUCCUGUAGGAGUCAAGAAGUAGGAUAGGCUAUGUUUAUUCACAAAUUGUUAUGCAAGAACAUUCUUUUUGGAAAUAAUUUGUUGAUGCCCUUACACAUUAAAGUAAUUUACCAAACUAUACUUAUGCUGAAUAUGCUCUAUUCCUAAUUGUAUUCAUCCAAAGGGUAAUGUGACAUGGUGGAGUUCGGCCUAGUGAUGCAACGUCUUAAAUAAGACAGCAAUAAAAGGCGAAGGGAACUACAGUAUGCAAUAAAGAACUCCAUGCAGUCUGAGACAACUCUAUUAUUACCCACUAAACGUGCAGGUCAGUAGGGCACCAGUCAGCUGGAACAAAUGAGCUAUUAGAAGACGCUUCAGACAAUUCCUAUACGUUUUCAUUGCCUCAAGUGUUGCAGAAAUUGUUCCAAGCCAGGCUUGUAUUUAUUUGUAAGUUAUUUAAUCUGGAUUUAUUUAUCUAGAUAUCAUUUGUCUAUGGAUGGUAGACAUAUGUAAAUAAAUGUUCACAUAUUGUGUGUUUUCUACAGUGUCAAACGUUGUGUUAAUUAUCAAGUGAAAUAUGAAUCGAAGAAUGUACAGUUAUCCUAUUUAUAAAAUAUGAAAUACACGUGUCACUGAAUAGAUGUUUGAAAGGGGGAACAUAACCCUUUGUAUUUAUAACAUGGUUAAUGAAUCUCGUUAUUCAGGUUAUAGCCUAUCUCGUUAUUCAGGUUAUAGCCUAUCUCGUUGUUCAAGUUAUAGCCUAUGCCUUGUGACAAAUUAAUCAAUGUAGGCCUACACACAUUUCUGAUAUUGGAACUGAACACGCUAUCUUUCUUAUUUCUUGCAACAAAUCAAUGCACAUUUUUGUAUAUAGUGGGCACAUUCGAUUUGUUACCGAGGACUAUUGUUUACAUGUUAAUAUUUUGUCUAUUCAUAUGCAACUAUGGAGAGAAUUUUAGUCUACUUUAUUUCCUAAAUUCUCAUCUUAGAAAUAUUGGCCUAUUGGCAUAAAGCUUAUUUUAGCUCUUUAGAAAUUGAAUACUUUUAUAACAAUAAUGUUAGGCAAAUUAUUAACAUCUCUUUAUGGAAAAUUCUCACGUAAUAAUUUCGUUUAUUUGAACAGGCUGCCUUAAUUUGAAAUGUAUAUUUGGCACACACCAAUUAUCUAAUUAUUGUAUUAUUCAAUGAAGUGUUCGUGGGGGUAUAGUGCGCUUCUGUUUUUUUUCCCUUCUUUCAAAUUUGUAUCUGGUAAUGGGAUUGUUUUAUAAACAACAUAACGUUGAAUAAAAAGGAAUUAAAGAGCCUCCAUUGUUUUCCGUGUUUGCCGAAUAUAGAAAUCAAUGCAUAAGGUUUUUCAGUGAUAAUGUGACGUUCAAAUACAUU